AUGCGACGCAAUGCUCGAUCUAUCGUUGCGACUGUGACGGCCCUUACACCACUCACAGCUUUGGCUGUGGGGGAAGCAGCCAGGCAAUACGAUGAAGGCAACAAAGUGAUAUACGCAAAGCAUCAACUAAUGAAUUCGAUACGGAGCUCUGAGCGGAAGAAAGUCACGAUCAGUGAGACGUCCGAGUCGAAUGGUGUCAAGGCGUCGACGUGGCUGGGCGAUGCGCCGCCCAGUUUCCCGUACUUACUCUCCAUAUCCGCGGGUGAUGACCCGGAGGUGGUGCUGGACGCACUCUUUGAAGGUGUAAAGGUGCUUGGGACGUACGAAGAGCGAACGUGUGGAACUCUCGCACGACUUACUACACCGACUUCAGCACUCCAACUUCUCAUUCGAAAGAUCGCAACUCACUAUUCGGCGCUGAGGACAGCAAUGAAUGGAUCUAUUCCAAUGGAUUUUGGCUCUAGCGUUGGCGUGAAUGGUGUAGCCGAUGAUGUCACAAUGGAUGCAGUGUUACGUGCAAUGCGAGAUCUGCAGUGCAGUGAGAUACAUGACGAGGAGAGAGGGCAGGCGAAAAGCAGCCGCGCCGUUCCGGCGAUUUUGAUCCGAGACUUUGAUGCGUUCAGUGACCUGGAAACUGAGAGAUGGCUUCGGUGGACACAUCAAGUCUCGAGCGAGAGAUUGGCUCAUGUUGUGCUCUUGACUUCUGCAACUGUGACACCAUCCAAGGCGCAGUGGCUACAGUUGCGACAUAAAAACGGACUACAUUCUGAUUCAGGUGGUGCCCAAGAUUUUGUUGGUAUACUGCUUCGUCCUGCAAAUAGUCUAGUGGAUGUCACCUCGGCAGAUGAUAAGCUUGGCAAAGCAGCGGAAUCACACGGUCUUAGGCUGCUCUCUGACUCGGCAAGCGCGCCACCACACAACGAACUUGCAGGUGGUCGAAGCUGUGCAGUUUCAAAAGAGAGUAACAAGUAUUUGGGUGAAGCUGAGGUAAUUUUGACGACAACAGGGAAUUGGUGGAGCGAUAUUAGCGAAGUUUGUAGGCGCCUAAAAGGGAAAAGGUUGAACGACGUGGCGCAUCCUGAUGCGAGGCUCGCAGUGAUCCACGAAGUGUGCAAUGAGUUCGUGGGUGAAAUAGAGACUGGAGUACUGGAAGCAUUGCAUCUGGAUGGAAGCCUUCAGCUUUCUAGUACAUUGCGCUUAAACAGCACUGAUGAGUCGGCGUUAUUAGCAGAUGCUGUUGGUCAAGACAUCAAAUUUGCCGACACAGGCAAAGUUCUCAGCGCAUUGGGAGCUUGGAAAUGCUUUGAGGCACUGACUGGUGUAACGCCGGUAACUGGUGGUAGCUCUUUUGUUCGUUCGCCUCAGCAGCGUCUUGAGCGAAAAAGCAAGACGCCUGUCAAUUGUGUGAGCGCAGUCGAUGCCCUGCUCCCGUUCAAUUACCGCGAAGCGGUUGAAGACAAGUUUCUGGAUCUGAUUGAUCGACAGCUACUGUUCCUGCGACCAAAGAAUGCCGUUGAGAUUGGAGUCAUUCCGUGUCAAAACGCUGCUUUGGUCGCUCCUUGCUGGAUUCAGACCCGCCCUGUCGUCAAAAAGACCUUUGAGAAGAUACAUAGGAGCGACACGUUCUAUAGCGUCAUAUUGGAUCUUGAUCGGUAUGCUGCCAGCGUCGAGAUGCAAACCGAGAUUGAGCAGUACGAACGCGAGAUUGCUGAGCGGCGCAAGGUGUUCUCUCAGAGAGAGCAAGACUUUGCAGCUUUACGGUUUUCAAUGACUCCAGCGGAAAAAGCACAGCACGAGGCUGAGCUUGCGCUGAUAGACGUGGAGCUCCAGGCAAAGGAUGUGUAUCUGGAAAAACUUCGGUCGUUGUUAACAUUGUGA